UUAACCGGCAAGGCUUACAAAAUCUCUAAUCAAAACCAUUUUCGUCUGGAAAAAAUAAAAAUCGAACAAGGUCGUCGUCGUCGGAUUUCUAAGAUCAUGGAGUUAUGUCUGAUCGUCGACACAGUCGCGGUUUUCACGGCGAAGCAAGGCACAGCGUUUGGGAAAUCUCUUCUCAAUCGGUGCGAAUACAUUUCAUUCGCUGAUUCCCCCGUUGAUCAAACAUCCGCGGUUAAUAUCUUUCCCGUUGAUUCAAUCGCUCCUUCACCGGUUAGAUCGAGCUCUAAUAAAACAAUCCGCCGGAUCCGUAAAAAGCGGCGCGCGAAGCGCGUUUCGUUUUGCGGCGAUUCUGAAGACGGUGGAGAUUUUGGUCGGUUUCUCUUAGAAGGCGGUGGCAACGACGGUCCGUUCAGAUUCGGUGGUGGAGGCGGUGGGAACGAUGGAGGCGGAAAGGGAUGGAACUACGGCAGCGGCGGUGGAAAUUGGGAGGAGCCAUUGUCUUGGUCGGAUCCGGCGAUGGAGUUCGUGUACGAAGUGAUUUGCUGGAUCGUGUUGUCGAAUUGCGUGCACUUUGCGUUCAAGAGGGUAGUUAGGAUCGUAACUGACGGUGAAAGAGAGAAGUUGAACCUGACAUUAACUCCAGUGUGCUGACAAAACCGUUGUUAGGUUGCAGUCGUGUCGGAAAAUUGUUAAUCUCAGCUUCAAUUCUAUCAAAUGAUCUCUCGUGUGUAAAUAUAUAUUAUAUAUUUAUAGGCAUUGUACAUGUAUGUAUAAUGAAUCAAUGAUUAUAAUGUGAUAAUUGAUCAUUCUCUUGA